CUGCAAGUCUGUCCACAAACUCCCCUGCUCACCUUCUCUUCAUCUCUCACGCUUGCUAGCUUGCUUCCUUUGACCUUCCCCCUCCCUCGCGGAUUCAUCAUCCUUCACGGCACCACAUGGCGUCAUCGUGCUCCUGACUACACCAAUUAGUUGAGGGAGAUUCGCCGGACAUGAUUUCUUUUCGAUAUGCUGUGUUGUUACUUGUCGAGCGUCUGUGCUGUUCAAUUCUUUUUACAAGAAUCCUGGAGUGUGCGUAACGGCGUUAUGAUGUGAGGGUUUGAGGUUUAAGAGAUCCCAGAUUGGACUGUCUGGAUUCCUUGUUAGCAUUGAAAAAUCGCUCCGAGAGCACAAUCGCAGUGGCCGCAGGUGCUUGUGCUCCUGCUACUGGACCUCGUCAACUUGACUAUAGCUACAAACCUAUGACUACCGGAGCCGGAAGCAUUGCCGUGGAUCAACUCUCUUACGUUUGGAGCUUCACCUUGAGAGAUAUGUGUAUCCCAGGACCCGGAUGCGUUGUCACUCCUUUUCUGUCCCCUUAAGCACCUUCCCAUGGCUUUCUAUCAGCCACAGGAGUAUAUAAUCCUGGAGCUUUUGUAAAGCCGCAUCUAAAUUCGUGGCCGCUGGUUCAGCCGAGACAUAGAGUUCUCUUUUAUCCUGUUAUUGGAGCUGUUACCGUCAAGGAGUUCCGUCCACAUCUAGUGGCUGUUGAAGACAUACCUUGAUUUGCUACUUUCAGUUCUCUCUCAAGUUGUGCACCAACGAUUUGAUGUUCAUGGGGAUACAACCCAGCUUUGGUCAUAAAGUUGCGUCUGGGGAGGUAGAUGCUGUUGUGAAUCCAUAUACAGUCCCUUGCCGUGAAGGACCGUCUGCCGACAAAGGCCCCGCUGUCAACGAAAUUGCUACGCAACGACCAAUGGUGCUACAGCGGAGGCUCUCACGUCGCUUCUCGAUUAAAGCCCCCAGUGAUCGUGAUGACCGGGGCUGGACCCCUCUACAUGUUGCCGCUCGACGAGGAGACCUUGCUGAGGUCCGGAGGCUCAUUGACGCUGGAGCCAACGUGAACGAGCCUUCUACAGGGCCCAAAUCACCAGGGGGUACAGCUCUUCACCUUGCUGCUGCUGGUGGGCAUAUUGAUGUGAUGGAUGAGCUUUUGGAGCGUGGUGCGGAUAUUGAUGUUCGUACGAAAGGUGGUUGUGGAUGGACUCCUCUUCACAACGCUGCCAAAGAGAGAAAUAGAAAAGCAGUUCGUUUUCUUCUUGAGAAUGGUGCUUUUCUUGCGCCGGACAUGACUGAUGGUCGGUUUAAUCCGCCUCUCCACUAUUGCCCUGGGUUGCACUGGGCUUACAAGGUACGUGACAAGCUAGUUGCCCAGGAAACAAAGAAUGAGGGAGACCAAGCAUCAAAUGAUGACAUGUGAUUGACCCGUUUGUGGAUAUGAAGAUCUUUGAGAUCAGGCGUUUUGAGCUAGCAGUGAUAACCUGGAACCAGUCCUAUGAAUCACUCAUAUACUAGGGCUUGGAAUGCUUGAAAUACACCUAGAAUCAGCACUCAAUUAUGUCCAUUUAAAUUCCAUCGGAUGCUUCUGAAUAGUGUGGUCUUAUGACUGGAAGAUCAUAUCUUCAAGCAUUUUGUCUUUCUAGAGUGCGCACGUAGGAUCUCCAGAUAAAUGGUCUUCAGCUAUUGCUUUUGCAUUGUGUAGUUUGGAUCUGGAAAUCAACUUAACUUAGGCAGUUUGUGUCUACAGCAGUUUUCAUGAUUUUAAUAUCGUUGAAGGGGUUAUGGUACUAAACAUGCAUGUACCUGUUUACUUCUGUUAAUUUGAUAAUACGUAAAAUAUGGAGUAUCGUCAGUGCUUUUGUGACCAGAGCUUUUAUUUUUAAAUAACCCA